AUGCUUGACGAUAAAGCGACUGCACGGUCGACACUAGUCGACAUACCGGUAGACGUCACAAAGCCAUACCUACCAAAAGGACUGCCAAACGGUAUUACACUUCUGUCUCCCGACAAGUUUGACCAUCGAACCGAUGAGGAGAUUGCGGCAUGGCUUCAGAAGCGCCACCCUGUGACUUCAGAGAAGAACAUCUGGGGAUUCUGGCAUAAUGGCUUCGCCAACAUGAAGCCUUGGACACAGCGGAAUGUCAUCAACUGGGUCCGACGCCUAGGCCCUGAGUGGAAUGUCCACAUCGUUGAUCGCCUGGACGGCUCGGAAACAAACGUCUUGAACUACGUCGAGGAGUCAUACUUCCCAAGGACUUUCAUCGAGGGCACGAUGGAUGGCCACAAGGCUCACAUGGGAGACCUGGUUCGUCUGCCGUUACUGUGGAAGUACGGCGGCGUGUGGAUGGAUGUGGGUCUCAUCCUGCUGCGGCACGUCGACGAUAUCUGCUGGAAGCGCAUCGAGGACCCCGAGUUGCCUUACGAGCUAUGUGCGGUGGCAUUGCAGCACCUACCAGGCACUUACACCCCCCUCAACGGAUUCCUAGGCACCAAAAGCGGCAAUGCGUUCAUAAAGAGGUGGCACGACGUCUAUCUCGCGCUAUGGGAAGACGGAGUCACAAACGCAAAGGGCUUCCACAAGCAUCCCUUGCUCCGGCAUCUGCCCCUUUUCAAACCUGAUAUGGAAACUGUCAACCUAAAGGAUGUCAACAUCGACCGCGAGUUCUUCUCCGACUACGUGGCGCAUUACCUGUGUGGCGAGCGCAUCCGCAAGCUCGUCGACCCCAACGACGGCUUCAACGGCGUGGAAUGGUACGACAAGCACAUGCUCAUCUUUGACGCCGCAGAUGAGAUGCUUUAUGCUCAGAUCAUCACAAAAUGGGACGUGGAAACACAGUUCCGGCUUCUUUCUCUGAAACGCUCUGGAGAAGGCGCGGUUGUUAACGAGGAGUGGCACGAGGCGGAGGAGUUUGUGAAUACUCUGCUGGCGAAGACGGCCAUGCUCAAGUUCCCUCACGGGCCGGGUGGCGAUGGGCUCAAGGUGCAGAUGCUGGCGGACUUGUGGGAUGCGGAUGAGAACCGGGACAAGGACCAUGAGGAGGGAACGUUUGCCGCGUAUCUGAGGUACGGGUCGGUGCAUUUUGAUCAAAUGAGGGAGGUGAAGAAGCUGGAGUGGCAGAACCCGAAGGGGGAGACUUUUACGGUUGGAUAUCUGGAGCCUGUGCAGCUGUAA